AUGAUACAAUAUAUAAAGUAUAUCCUGUGGUUAUUCUGUCUCUGUGAAGCUGCAACUGCAACAGCCUCCAACGCAUUAUCGAUAAUCCGACCGAUCACUGGUUCGCUUUCGGGGAAGGUGAAUCUUCCCUGCUUCUUCUCCACAAUCCCAACCUCAGCGCCGGUGGUCAGUCCCAAUGGAACUGUCAUUUAUAGCAGAGACUACCUGCGGAUCAAAUGGACCAAAAUAGAUGGAGAGUUGGAAUCCACAGUGCUGGUUGCGCAGAAUGGCGUGAUCAAAAUAGGCUCCAUCUACAGGAACCGUGUAUCAGUGCCCAGUCACCCUGAGGAUGUAGGUGACGCCUCACUGACAAUGGUCAAGCUGCGUGCCAGCGAUGCUGGUACCUAUCGAUGUGAGGUCAUGUAUGGCAUCGAGGACACCCAGGAUACAGUAAACCUUGAUGUCGAUGGUGUUGUUUUUCACUAUCGGGCAAACACCAGCAGGUACACUUUGGACUACCAGAAGGCCGUCAAAGCUUGCGAAAACAUUGGAGCAACCAUUGCUACAUAUGACCAGCUGAAAGCAGCCUACGAGGAUGGCUUUGAUCAGUGUGAUGCCGGCUGGAUUGCUGACCAGACAGUGAGAUACCCAAUUACAAGGCCAAGGCAGGGCUGCUAUGGCAACCUACACUCUAACCCUGGUGUUCGGUCAUAUGGGACCAGGAAACCCACGGACACCUAUGAUGUAUACUGUUACGUAGACAAACUUGACGGUGAAGUGUUCUAUGCUCCUGUGACCCAGAAGAUGACCUUUGAGGAGGCCAGUGCAGAGUGUAAGAGGAGGAAUGCUGUCCUGGCAAGCCCUGGCCAACUCCAUGCUGCCUGGCGAAAAGGUUUGGACAGAUGUGACUAUGGCUGGCUCUCCGAUGGCAGUGUGCGACACCCUGUUGCAGUACCCAGAGUGCAGUGCGGGGGAGGCCUGCUGGGUGUCAGAACCAUGUACCGCUACAGAAACCAGACUGGCUUCCCAGAACCGACUAAGAAGCUUGGAGCUUACUGCUUUAAAGGAAGGACUAAGGUGAUCAACCAGACUUCCUUUGUGGAUGUGGCUUUAGUAGGAAUAACCACCACUUCCAUCAGCUCCACUACUUCCAUCCCUUUAUUGGAGGCAAGCACCACUGCGCUCUCCCCACCAUCUGAAACAGUAUCAGAGGCAGAGGAGUCUACAGACUCUGCAGCUUCCACAAACUCUCCAUCUAUGUUUUCUACCAGUAUGACUCCACCUCGCCCCACUCCAAAAGGCCAAGAAGAAGAGUUAAUCACCACAGUUGCGCCCACCAUCAAAGAGGACCACGAAGACACUGAUGGUGUAACAGCCACCCCAGACUUUGAUUUGGACGACUUUGCACAAGAAAAUGUGACUUAUAUAGCUCCCCACCGUGGUGACACAUUCCCAGAACCUCAAGACAAAACAGAGAGCACAGAGACAAUGGUCAAACCCUCAGAGGAGCCAGACGACAAGUCAGUAAUUGAGAUCAGCACAAUCCAACCCGAUGUCCCCAUACCAGAUGACUCUCUCAGCACAGAGCCAAUGUUUGCAAAGGGGAACACUGAGGAAACCAUUGUGGAUUCUGCAAUCACCACAGCAAUGACCUCGGAUCUCACCGACACCCCAACAGAAUCAACUGAGCUGACCAGCGAGGAGGUGAUCAGCUCCUCAGAAUCAGCCACUGGGCGUCAUUCAACAUUCCCUGACUAUGAUGAGAUUGAGACAGAUAGACAUUUUGUAGAGGGACUUCCACCUACCCAACCACCCCAACAGGACCUCUCAUCCAGCACACCUGACAGCCAGUUUUUCAUCCAUGGAACAGUUCCCUCAGCCAUUCCCACUGACACCACCUUUAUGUGUAACACCCGACCUGGUAGUGAGGUGGAGAUCACGACCACAGAACCGCCACUGCCAGAGCCCACUAGCACUGCUGCACCAGCCACGUCUCAAACACAGGAGGUAGAGACAACGGCUGUCGUUCACAAAGAAGACACCUCAUCUGCCACUGAUACAGGCACCCCCGCCCCGAUUGAUGUUGAAACCUCAGCUGAAGAUGUGACGUCAGUUACAAGUGUGCAUGUCUUUGAUGAGUCCACCACGCCGGUUCCAGAGCAAGGCGAUGACUUCCUGACUGAGGAUGACACAGCAACAGAGAUGGGCACAGAGUUCUUUACAUCUGCUCCUGUGGUUUCUGCUGUGGCUGACACGACCACCACUGUCAUGCAGAAUGCAUCAGUUGACCUGACUCAACAAGAUUCUAAAUCUCCCACCGUACCAGUUGUGCCCGACCAUCCCACCCCCUCCAUAGCUGAUGGUGAGCCCAUCCUGCAGAGUGGAGACCCAGACCUUUCCUUCCAAGCUGCGGUAACCAUCACUCCAGCUAUUAGCUUUGUAAAUGGUAAACAUGAGAUCACACUGGAACCGGAGAGCCCAGACGAUAAAGAGGCCAAAGGUACCCAAAUCCUGACAAAUGUGACGACUUUGGGAGCAAGCGAUGAAAUGACCACAGUGUUUGAUUAUAGUUGGAGUGAUCCCCCGGUUGAUAGCUCCACAGAAUCUACAGAGGAACCGACAACAAUACUGACCUCUACGGAGGCCCCAGAUGUUGAUGAGUAUGACCCUGAUAUAAUCCCAAUAAUGGCAUCAACACUUCCUCACUUACUCCCUGAGGCAGAUGAGGUGAUCACAGAAGGCCCCACACAAAAAGAAACAACCUCUGUUCCAGCCUCAACAAUGGAGGAAUCAAAAAGUACACAAAAAACUGAAGCUGCCACAGAUGCUACAGAGGGGAUGAGUGAUGUCACAGCUUCCUCUGCUGACAUUGUUCCUACAGUAACACCAGCUGAGCCACAGAUCACCAAAGCAACUGAAGAAACUCAGACCAUAAAGAUUGAUAAGGAAACCACCUCUGUCAUCACCACGUCUGUACAAGAACAGGUAGGCGAGUCAGUGAGGACUCCCACGUAUCUGAAAAGUGACUCAGAAGUGACUCAGACUGAGAAGGCUAAAGAUCAAUCCCCUGUUACUUCUUCAACUGAACUUUACACAGCCGGAGAUAAAGCUGAAACCACAGAGGACACAAAGAGCACAUCUGCCACUCCAGCUGCUAAAGACAGCACUCAGUCUACGUUACAGACUGUGUACACUCCCUCCUCUGAUGACGCUGAUGGGAAAACACCAAUAUCAACAACUAGUGACUCACAGAGCUCCACUCAAGAUGUGGAGGGAGGGGAUGAGACCCAAACCCCAAAAGAAUUUGCCUUCAGCACAACGGCUCCUUCAGUAUCUAGUAGUUCAACCUCUCCUGAACAGACAGCCAAGACUGAGAUAACACCAGCUAUAGAUGUAGGAAGCACUGAAUCACUAGCAUCUCUUACACCCACCCUGGCUGAAACUUCAGAGGAUACAGUCACAAGUACAUCUGAUGCACCAACAGCAAUGCCACGUGGAACAUCAGACAUUCCUGAGUCGGAUAAGACAAAACUGCCAACACCUGCAGGAGAGCCAACAAUUUCUCCAUUCUCUGAUGAGACACUCACAAGAUCAGUGACAAUGUCUCCAAAAUUAGCUUCGGUUACAUCAUCUGUUGUCACAGAUGUCAAAGGUGACACUAUCAGCAGUCAGCCUACAAUAGUGGAGUCAGUUCCUUCAAUCAGUGGAUCAACCAUAAAUCCUGAAACUGAAACAAGUGAUACUUCAAAAACCGCGAUUACCCCGGCAUCAUCAUUAUACAGUACUGAGAAACCAACCUCACUGUCACCUGAAACAGGAGGGACUGUGACCACGAGUGAGACUGAGAAAGCAUCAGUAACACCAGAGGCAAGUUCUGCUAGGCUAACAGCAGAUGAAGAGGGCUCAGGUGAGCAGACUACUGACAUGUCCAGCAAAGAUUCUUCAGCACCUACAGCUUCUUCACUGUUUAGCACUGAAAAGCCAACAAAACUGCCUGUUGGGGAACAAGACAGUGCUGUCACAGCUCAGACAGAGAGGUCCUCUGUGUCUCCCAUAACUGAUAAGACAGAGCAAAGUUCAGUUCUCAUUCCAGUGGAUGAAGGUGGUUCUGGUGACGAAACCCCCGACAUGUUCAUCCCUACCUCUUCUGUCACAGGUACACCCCUGUACAGUACAGAUGCACCAACAGCAAUGUCACCUGGAACAUCAGAGAGCCCUGAAUCAGAUAAGACAAAAUGGCCAACACCUUCAGAUGAACCAACAGGUUCUCCAGUCUUUGAUGAGGCCUUCACAAGCCCCAUGACAGUGUCUCCAAGUUUGGCUUCGGUUUCAUCAUCUGUUGAUGCAGACAGUGAGGAUGAUAUGAUCAGCAGUGAGCCCACAAUGGUGGAGUCCAUUCCCUCCAUCAGUGGAUCAACCAUACGCCCUGACACGGGAUCAUUCAUCAAUACCACUGAAGGCGAGAGUUCUGUAGACAGCACUGAUGAUUUUGCUGAAGAAUCAAUCAUCCCAGCAGCUACAGUGUCCUCAGAGUUUAGUACAGAGUCACCAUCGGUCACAGCAUCACAUGAAACUGAAACAAGUGAUACUUCAAAAACCGCGAUUACCCCGGCAUCAUCAUUGUACAGUACUGAGAAACCAACCUCACUGUCACCUGAAACAGGAGCGACUGUGACCACGAGUGAGACUGAGAAAGCAUCAGUAACACCAGAGGCAAGUUCUGCUAGGCUAACAGCAGAUGAAGAGGGCUCAGGUGAGCAGACUACUGACAUGUCCAGCAAAGAUUCUUCAGCACCUACAGCUUCUUCACUGUUUAGCACUGAAAAGCCAACAAAACUGCCUGUUGGGGAACAAGACAGUGCUGUCACAGCUCAGACAGAGAGGUCCUCUGUGUCUCCCAUAACUGAUAAGACAGAGCAAAGUUCAGUUCUCAUUCCAGUGGAUGAAGGUGGUUCUGGUGACGAAACCCCCGACAUGUUCAUCCCUACCUCUUCUGUCACAGGUACACCCCUGUACAGUACAGAUGCACCAACAGCAAUGUCACCUGGAACAUCAGAGAGCCCUGAAUCAGAUAAGACAAAAUGGCCAACACCUUCAGAUGAACCAACAGGUUCUCCAGUCUUUGAUGAGGCCUUCACAAGCCCCAUGACAGUGUCUCCAAGUUUGGCUUCGGUUUCAUCAUCUGUUGAUGCAGACAGUGAGGAUGAUAUGAUCAGCAGUGAGCCCACAAUGGUGGAGUCCAUUCCCUCCAUCAGUGGAUCAACCAUACGCCCUGACACGGGAUCAUUCAUCAAUACCACUGAAGGCGAGAGUUCUGUAGACAGCACUGAUGAUUUUGCUGAAGAAUCAAUCAUCCCAGCAGCUACAGUGUCCUCAGAGUUUAGUACAGAGUCACCAUCGGUCACAGCAUCACAUGAAACUGAAACAAGUGAUACUUCAAAAACCGCUAUUACCCCGGCAUCAUCAUUGUACAGUACUGAGAAACCAACCUCACUGUCACCUGAAACAGGAGGGACUGUGACCACGAGUGAGACUGAGAAAGCAUCAGUAACACCAGAGGCAAGUUCUGCUAGGCUAACAGCAGAUGAAGAGGGCUCAGGUGAGCAGACUACUGACAUGUCCAGCAAAGAUUCUUCAGCACCUACAGCUUCUUCACUGUUUAGCACUGAAAAGCCAACAAAACUGCCUGUUGGGGAACAAGACAGUGCUGUCACAGCUCAGACAGAGAGGUCCUCUGUGUCUCCCAUAACUGAUAAGACAGAGCAAAGUUCAGUUCUCAUUCCAGUGGAUGAAGGUGGUUCUGGUGACGAAACCCCCGACAUGUUCAUCCCUACCUCUUCUGUCACAGGUACACCCCUGUACAGUACAGAUGCACCAACAGCAAUGUCACCUGGAACAUCAGAGAGCCCUGAAUCAGAUAAGACAAAAUGGCCAACACCUUCAGAUGAACCAACAGGUUCUCCAGUCUUUGAUGAGGCCUUCACAAGCCCCAUGACAGUGUCUCCAAGUUUGGCUUCGGUUUCAUCAUCUGUUGAUGCAGACAGUGAGGAUGAUAUGAUCAGCAGUGAGCCCACAAUGGUGGAGUCCAUUCCCUCCAUCAGUGGAUCAACCAUACGCCCUGACACGGGAUCAUUCAUCAAUACCACUGAAGGCGAGAGUUCUGUAGACAGCACUGAUGAUUUUGCUGAAGAAUCAAUCAUCCCAGCAGCUACAGUGUCCUCAGAGUUUAGUACAGAGUCACCAUCGGUCACAGCAUCACAUGAAACUGAAACAAGUGAUACUUCAAAAACCGCGAUUACCCCGGCAUCAUCAUUGUACAGUACUGAGAAACCAACCUCACUGUCACCUGAAACAGGAGCGACUGUGACCACGAGUGAGACUGAGAAAGCAUCAGUAACACCAGAGGCAAGUUCUGCUAGGCUAACAGCAGAUGAAGAGGGCUCAGGUGAGCAGACUACUGACAUGUCCAGCAAAGAUUCUUCAGCACCUACAGCUUCUUCACUGUUUAGCACUGAAAAGCCAACAAAACUGCCUGUUGGGGAACAAGACAGUGCUGUCACAGCUCAGACAGAGAGGUCCUCUGUGUCUCCCAUAACUGAUAAGACAGAGCAAAGUUCAGUUCUCAUUCCAGUGGAUGAAGGUGGUUCUGGUGACGAAACCCCCGACAUGUUCAUCCCUACCUCUUCUGUCACAGGUACACCCCUGUACAGUACAGAUGCACCAACAGCAAUGUCACCUGGAACAUCAGAGAGCCCUGAAUCAGAUAAGACAAAAUGGCCAACACCUUCAGAUGAACCAACAGGUUCUCCAGUCUUUGAUGAGGCCUUCACAAGCCCCAUGACAGUGUCUCCAAGUUUGGCUUCGGUUUCAUCAUCUGUUGAUGCAGACAGUGAGGAUGAUAUGAUCAGCAGUGAGCCCACAAUGGUGGAGUCCAUUCCCUCCAUCAGUGGAUCAACCAUACGCCCUGACACGGGAUCAUUCAUCAAUACCACUGAAGGCGAGAGUUCUGUAGACAGCACUGAUGAUUUUGCUGAAGAAUCAAUCAUCCCAGCAGCUACAGUGUCCUCAGAGUUUAGUACAGAGUCACCAUCGGUCACAGCAUCACAUGAAACUGAAACAAGUGAUACUUCAAAAACCGCGAUUACCCCGGCAUCAUCAUUGUACAGUACUGAGAAACCAACCUCACUGUCACCUGAAACAGGAGCGACUGUGACCACGAGUGAGACUGAGAAAGCAUCAGUAACACCAGAGGCAAGUUCUGCUAGGCUAACAGCAGAUGAAGAGGGCUCAGGUGAGCAGACUACUGACAUGUCCAGCAAAGAUUCUUCAGCACCUACAGCUUCUUCACUGUUUAGCACUGAAAAGCCAACAAAACUGCCUGUUGGGGAACAAGACAGUGCUGUCACAGCUCAGACAGAGAGGUCCUCUGUGUCUCCCAUAACUGAUAAGACAGAGCAAAGUUCAGUUCUCAUUCCAGUGGAUGAAGGUGGUUCUGGUGACGAAACCCCCGACAUGUUCAUCCCUACCUCUUCUGUCACAGGUACACCCCUGUACAGUACAGAUGCACCAACAGCAAUGUCACCUGGAACAUCAGAGAGCCCUGAAUCAGAUAAGACAAAAUGGCCAACACCUUCAGAUGAACCAACAGGUUCUCCAGUCUUUGAUGAGGCCUUCACAAGCCCCAUGACAGUGUCUCCAAGUUUGGCUUCGGUUUCAUCAUCUGUUGAUGCAGACAGUGAGGAUGAUAUGAUCAGCAGUGAGCCCACAAUGGUGGAGUCCAUUCCCUCCAUCAGUGGAUCAACCAUACGCCCUGACACGGGAUCAUUCAUCAAUACCACUGAAGGCGAGAGUUCUGUAGACAGCACUGAUGAUUUUGCUGAAGAAUCAAUCAUCCCAGCAGCUACAGUGUCCUCAGAGUUUAGUACAGAGUCACCAUCGGUCACAGCAUCACAUGAAACUGAAACAAGUGAUACUUCAAAAACCGCUAUUACCCCGGCAUCAUCAUUGUACAGUACUGAGAAACCAACCUCACUGUCACCUGAAACAGGAGCGACUGUGACCACGAGUGAGACUGAGAAAGCAUCAGUAACACCAGAGGCAAGUUCUGCUAGGCUAACAGCAGAUGAAGAGGGCUCAGGUGAGCAGACUACUGACAUGUCCAGCAAAGAUUCUUCAGCACCUACAGCUUCUUCACUGUUUAGCACUGAAAAGCCAACAAAACUGCCUGUUGGGGAACAAGACAGUGCUGUCACAGCUCAGACAGAGAGGUCCUCUGUGUCUCCCAUAACUGAUAAGACAGAGCAAAGUUCAGUUCUCAUUCCAGUGGAUGAAGGUGGUUCUGGUGACGAAACCCCCGACAUGUUCAUCCCUACCUCUUCUGUCACAGGUACACCCCUGUACAGUACAGAUGCACCAACAGCAAUGUCACCUGGAACAUCAGAGAGCCCUGAAUCAGAUAAGACAAAAUGGCCAACACCUUCAGAUGAACCAACAGGUUCUCCAGUCUUUGAUGAGGCCUUCACAAGCCCCAUGACAGUGUCUCCAAGUUUGGCUUCGGUUUCAUCAUCUGUUGAUGCAGACAGUGAGGAUGAUAUGAUCAGCAGUGAGCCCACAAUGGUGGAGUCCAUUCCCUCCAUCAGUGGAUCAACCAUACGCCCUGACACGGGAUCAUUCAUCAAUACCACUGAAGGCGAGAGUUCUGUAGACAGCACUGAUGAUUUUGCUGAAGAAUCAAUCAUCCCAGCAGCUACAGUGUCCUCAGAGUUUAGUACAGAGUCACCAUCGGUCACAGCAUCACAUGAAACUGAAACAAGUGAUACUUCAAAAACCGCGAUUACCCCGGCAUCAUCAUUGUACAGUACUGAGAAACCAACCUCACUGUCACCUGAAACAGGAGGGACUGUGACCACGAGUCAGACUGAGGGAGCAUCACUAACAAUGGACUAUGUUAUCAGCAGUCAGCCAACAAUGGUGGAGUUCACUUCUCCUGUCAGUGGAUCAACUAUGAGCCCUGAAACAGCAUCAAUGGCAUUUAAUACAUCAAUCGUUUCCACAUUUUUGGAGGAAGACAGCUCAAGUGAUAAAGAAUUUACAGCACUCACAACAAGUCCCUAUAUACUUGCAACUUCUCAACCCAUGGCAAUCCCCAGUGUCACCAUGUAUGUUACAAAGGAAACCUCUACUUACAUUGACAUAGAGAGCUCUGGUGGCUCACCUGAUGAAGAUGAUUCAGAAUCAGGUCAAGAUGGAUCUGGUGCAGAGGUUCCCAUUGAGACUACCACAAAACCGCAGGAUGAAUUUACUGUGGCCACAGAUGAGACUGAAAUAGAUGACACAGUGAGCACAUCUGACACAUUAAGUGCUGCAUCCUUGACUGACUCCAGUACACAGGUUACCGAGGAAUUUAUCUCAUCAUCCCAAUCACCACAAAUGACAAGCACUGAGGUUUACAUUACUGAGCAGGGCAGUGGUGUCUUCACAGAUGACUCCACAGUAGAGGAUGAGAGUUCAGGUGUUGACCUUUUUGACCAAUCAACUCGAAGUUCUCCUGUGAUACCCACUUCUGCAGCAGCUACAAAAGGAAUCACUUUGUUAUCUAGUGCAGUUGUUUUCACAGAGGAGAGCUCAAGUAAAAAGGAAUUUACACACAAACCCACUAGCACUGCAGCUUCUUCACUUCACAGCAUUGUGAAGCCAACAGCAAUGUCUCCUGAAAUGCACAGUUCAACAGUUCAGGAAAGCCCAGAUUAUAUGGUUUCUCAGACAUCCUCUUUGUCACCUUCAGCUUUUUAUAACACAAAGUCUCCUGCUGUGACUUUGGUUACAUCCUCAGCUUUAUUGGAUACUGAAGAUAAGGAAAGUACAGCCUCUUCCCUGUUUAGCACAGAGAAACCUACAACAACAGUAUUGCAUGAAAGUGGAUCACCUGAUGUCCUGAAAUCUGCUGUUACUGCAGCUUUUGGUCUCUACAGCACUGAAAAGCCACACAUAACAACAACGGUCACAUCUGACCAGUCAGUUGUCAGCAUGUCUGUAUCUGCAGCUGAUAAAGUAACGCCAAGUUUGGCCUUUAAUUUGACAGAGGGAGAGAGUUCUGCUGACCAAACCACUAGGAUGUACACCUCAAAGCCAUCAGUUAUGGAUAGUCUCACAUUUGGAGAAGCAACAGGUGAAACAGAAACCUUGGUUUCAGUCACACCAACCUCUGACGAGCAGGUUUCGUUCCAGGAAGGUGAAAUUAUUCCAGAUACAGAAAGCCUCAUCACUCCUGAAGCAACAAACCUUCCUGUUUUGAGCCAAGGGAAAGAUGAAGCUACUGUAUCUGACCACAUAACCCAAUCCUCCUACACAACUUUGUCUCUCCAUACAGUUGGAGCUUCAGUUAGUGAUCACUCUACAAUUGAUUUCACCACAGAGAGCUCUAGCAGUGAACGUAAGCAAGAUGGAUUUGAAUCAUUGUCCACCCCUAUUCCUUCCAUUAUAUAUCAUGGCAUUACAGACCAACAGGUUGUGAUCAUUACUCCCAGUAGCAGCCAAGCCAAUACUGACCUAACUGAACAAACACCUACGAUGGUCCUUCAUGUGUCUGAACCAUCAACCAGCACAACUAUCAUAUUCACAGAGGAUGCAACAGAUGAAGAUAAGCUGUUCUCUCAAUCUACAGACAGUAUUACAGAAGGCAGCCCCACUUCCCAGCUUGUCACCAAAGAUGAUAACAUAAUUGAUGCAGAUACUAUCUCCAUAGUUCCCUCUUCUUCAUUUUACCCAACUAUCCAGACAGAGGAAGCUGGAGGUGUCACACCAGUUACGAUUACCCAAAUGUUGGAGGUAACAGAAGAAUCAGAGGGUUCAGGAAAUGAUAGUGCCACCUUUACUCCUACACCGGUAACUUUCCAUGCAGCCUCCACUGAUUCACCAUUAGCCUCAACAUCUUCUGAAUAUUCACAAUACAUUUCAAAACUAACAACUGUUAAAGGUAUAUCUAGUAUGGAGACAUCCAGUGAAGAGGAGGUCACAUCUGCACCACAGGCCACGCCAGCUACUACGCUGUCAGGCUCUGAAGAAACAUAUGAUUUAUUGACACCACACACAGUUUUCCCUGAGGAUGAUUUACUAGGCGAAGUCACUCCUUAUAAUGUUACUGAAUCUAUCACUGAGAUGGAUGCUUCCUCAACUUUACCUUCUCAAACUUUAACUGAAACAGCAGACACAGGCUCAGUCACUCCAGUGUCUAGUGAAGAGUAUAUGGUCAGUGCAGUUGAAAAAGAAAAAUCUACGGCCUCCUCACCCACAGCCAUUACCGCCACAAGUCAUGUCACAACAGAUGAGUCAAGUCUGACCAUUUCCACCACCGUGCCCUCAUUAGCUGUCACACCAGUGUCCUCUGAACCUGGCACAGUGAAAUCAACCAGUAAAGUAUCUGAUGAUGAAUCUUCAGGUGAUGAUGACUCAGAAGAGGGUUCCUCAGAGGAAACAGCUUCAGGGUCCUCUGACGAAGGACGAACAGCAUCUGAAAAAACAGUGACAUCUACGACCUCUUCAUUGAUCACCACUGAGAGGCCUAUCAUUUCCCCUGAUUCUGGGCACACAGAUAAAGGGAUUCCAGGUGACCAGAACCAAACCAUGUUUAGUGAGGCCAUAAUUACAGCAGAUAAGGCAGAGCACAUCUCACCAACCUCAGCUGGAAUUGCCACAGGAGAAUUUGCACAGUCACCAACCAGUGCCUCCUCCUCUCUCUACAGCACAGUGAAACCAUCUGACACAGAAGCAACAGACAUUACUGAUACAGAUGCUUCAAGUGAUCAAACUUCUGAUAUAACAACAACUUCAACGGUGAAGACAGAAUUGAUAACAUUUUCAGUUACUGCACCUGAGACCUCAGAUACCUCAACUGCAUCAUUCAAGACAGUGACAUCUGAGAGUAAAGAAACUGUAGCCACUCCACUAUCCCCUCAGGUCAGCACAGAGAAUCCCACCCAAAUGACCCCUGAUGAUGAAACUCAGACAACUGAGAUUACAACAAAAGUAGAGAAAGCCUCAUUGUCAGAAACAGUUUUACCCCCUACUGGUGGUGCAACAUCAACCCUAGCACCUGAAGACAGCACAAGGGACCACAUGACCUCUAUAUCUGCAAAAGAAUACAUUUCUACAUCGGCAGUGUCUUCUUUACAAAGCACUUCAAAGCCUGAUGUAUUGAUUCACUUUGUCACCACUUUUGUACCAGAACCAGAUACAACACCAUCUGAGGUGUCCUUCCAACAGGCCAGGUCUGAGAUCACGUUCACUGAUCAUCCCCACAUUGAUAUCUCCUCUGAGGAAACUGUGUUGGCCACAACCAGCCCAAUGCUCCCCAGUGAGGAGUCAAGCCAGCACUUGAAACCUAAGGAUGUGACUCCCCCGACUGGUGUUACGACCAUGUCACUGGAAAAUAAGACAGCUGAAGCACCAAGCCAAGAACCUAUAACCCAAGAAGUUUCAACUGAUGCUGAAGGUAGCACACAAGAUGGCGAAAUAAAGGAAACAUCUACUGAUGCUGCAAUAACUUCAAGUCAUACAGAUGAAAUAGAUUCCAAGGGGACAGAACCUGCUGGGGUUGAAUAUACAACUCCAAAACUUGCAACCGACAGAUAUGCAAAACCUGAGGAAGAAACUGCAGUGGUCGAAACUGCAUCUUCUGCAGACUCGAUCUCAGUGAAAACAUCUGCAGUGAGUUCAAGUGAACAAACACCAGAGGCAACUGUCUCUUCACUUUUCAGCAGUGAGACUCCAUUGACUUCCAUUUCAGAUGUUACUGAUCAAGUGCUGUCUGAGGAGUCAUCAACAACGCCACCCAAAAUGGUGACAGGAGAGAGUGAAAAGACUGCCAUUCCCCCUUCUGAAACAGAAAUCUCUGCGAGCUCAGAGACUAAAGUAGUGGCCACCACAAUGUCCGCUGAACACAUUUACAUUGAAUCUAUAUCAAAUGUCCUGUCAUCAUCAGCACCAUCACAGCCUGAUGUUAUGGUUCAGUUUUAUACAACAGUUUCCCCUGUACAACACCUGACAACUCCCCAGGAGUCCUUUGAACAUGCCAGGUCAGAGGUCGCACAAACACACCGCCCUCAAACCAAUCUUUCUUCUCAGGAUAUAUCAAUGACCACAACUCGCUCUAUUUUAACAAGUCAUGAAGCAAGCCAGAUCACAAAAGCAACAACUGCUUCCUCUUCUUCAGUGGCUGUAGCCGUAUCUGCAUCAGUAGAAGUUGGGACAGUUGAACCUGCAGUUGAUCUGGUUUUAAGCGGAGAAACGAUUGAACCAUCUUCAGAUACAGAUGCAAAAGAAAUAAUUUAUUCAGAUACUAUAUAUGAUGAUAAUAUGGAUUAUCCGACCCCGGAUUAUGACUCACACAACCCCAGCCUGAUUGAAUCAGAUCCACUGGGCAAUGGAACUAAAACGUCAAAAGAAGCAGCAUUGUUCAGUACUGCACCAGCUGCUGUUUCUCCAGUGUCUGAGAGUCAGCCUGCUGAAUCAGUGAGCAGAACUGAAAAUAGCUUAGAAGAAAAGUCAACCAAGUCAACUAUAGCAGCAGCUGCUAUCACAGUCUUUCCUUCUUCCUCAGCUCCAGUUAGUUCAACAUCCUCCUCUAGUUCUGAGAGUGGUUCAGAAAGCAUCAGCAGCUCAGAAGAAAGCAUAUCAACAAAAGGCACUGUCAAGCAGCAUGGUGAUGAGGUUGAGAAAAUCACCUCUGAGUUUACAUCUGCCACAACUACGUCACCCUACGUCCUUAGCACUGGGACUGAAAGUUUGUCUGCCAGUUCUGAGAGUUUAUCUGCCAGCUCUAAGGGUGUGUCUGGUGAGGUGGCAAUGACAAAAAAACCAAAGGACAAUAUGGAGGGACAGUCUCUUUCCCCAGAUGAAAUCCAGACUAUAUUUAAGGUAGAUCCUACCACAGCUUCAAGGAUAGAGUCCUCUAGUGUUGGUGACACCUCUGGGAAAGAGGAAAUUUUGGGCAGAACUGAGGGAGAUGUCUCUCCUCACACUGAUAUACCCACAAGGACUCAUACAGAGUUCACAACGACGCCAGCCCAAGCACAGAGCCAGCCAGUUUUGGUUGCAUCUGUAGUCACCACACCGUCAUCUUUUCCUGCGGAGGAAGACAAACCAGAAACUGACAUGCCACUCGUUGAAGGAGAACCACCAAUAAGAGGGGAGGAAACAACUGUGAUACCUGACACAGGACUCGAUUUGGGCCACACCGUCAUUGGCGAGACUGUUGAAAUCCCAGAAAUUUACACGUGUACGGAAAAUAUUUGUCUGAAUGGAGGAUCUUGCUACAAAAGUGGCAGCAUCUACUCAUGUACCUGUGCUCCUGGUUACUGUGGUCAUCGCUGUGAAAUAGAUAUUGAUGAGUGCCAGUCAAACCCAUGCCGCAAUGGAGGUACAUGUGUUGAUGGGUUGGCUUCCUUCACAUGUGUGUGCCUCCCAAGCUAUUCUGGGCUGUAUUGUGAGGAGGAUACAGAAACAUGUGAAUAUGGCUGGCAUAAGUUUCAGGGCCACUGCUACAAGUACUUCCCCCAGAGAAGAAACUGGGACACAGCAGAGAGAGAGUGUCGCAUGCACGGGGCUCACCUUACCAGCAUCAUCUCCCACGAGGAGCAAAAGUUUGUCAACCGUCUUGGACAGGACUACCAGUGGAUUGGCCUGAAUGAUAAGAUGUUUGACAGUGACUUCCGCUGGACUGAUGGCAGCCCUGUGCAAUAUGAAAACUGGAGGCCCAACCAGCCUGACAGCUUCUUCACGUCCGGCGAGGAUUGUGUUGUGAUGAUAUGGCAUGAGGACGGCCAGUGGAAUGAUGUUCCUUGCAACUACCAUCUCACCUACACUUGCAAAAAGGGCACAGUGGCUUGUAGCCAGCCCCCUCUAGUGGAGAAUGCACAUACCUUUGGUAAGAAGCGUGAGAGGUAUGAGAUCAACUCGCUGGUGAGGUACAAGUGCCAGACAGGCUUUAUUCAGAGGCACCUCCCAACUAUCCGCUGUCGUGGGGAUGGACGAUGGGAUAGCCCUAAAAUCACCUGCAUGUACCCAUCGAGCUAUCAGAGGACCUUCAUCAGAAGACAUCAACACAAUAGUUUGUACAGCAUUCACAACUUCAAGACAAGGCCGGACGAGGUCUUGCACUUUCAACAUUCCCUCUAUCGGGGAAGAAGAGACAGGACUGAUCAUAAGCGGAAGAGACAGUAAUUGCCAUCUAACAUGGCACAGCUUCCCCGAGGUGAGAACACAUGGCUGACGCUUGUGUGGAAAGAGGAGAAGGAUUCCCUGAGGAAAAGCACAAGAGAAAACUCAUCAAAGAAACCAAGAGGAUAACCUGCAGUUUUCUUGCAUUUCGGAUGACAAGGGAAUCCUAUGAAGUGCCUUUUAAAAAGAUGUUGAUACAUGACUUUUCUUAUCAAGGGGCACUGUUUUAUAACAAUGCCAACGAGGAUAAAAUACUUUCAGCUGGCUACUGGAAAAGCAAAAAAAUUCUCUCAUCAUUCUUUUUUUUAACAGCAGGAGUUUGCUCUUUGUCCUUAGCUUAUCAAAUAAUAAAUUCAUGACUGUCAUCUAAUACCUUUAUACACCAACUGUGCUAUUUAAAAUCACCGUAAGUGUUCCUUAUUCAUAGAAAAAAAAUGCUAUCGUGAAAUUAUAGCGCUUAUGUUGUGUAAAGGAAUCCAUUAUGUUAUUGCGCUGUUUUAAGCUGGACUUCAUUUUAAUGAGCAUGCAUGCAUAUGCAUAUAUACUGAAGUCCUCACAUUUUUAUAUUUGUUUUAUGUCAAGACAUCCAAAUCUCAGACUACAAAUGGAGGCAGAGCUGGAAAUGACUGAUAAUACAAAGGGCUCACAGUAGAGUAAUAAUAUAGAUCACAAAUAUCACAAACUUACAGAACUGUAAACCUUUGAAAAGAAUCAUUCUGCCAUCUUUAAACCUAAUCAGCACAAUUUAUUAGCUUUGCUAGUGUUAGUUUUACGUUUGAGAUUAAUAAUACACCGAUCUCUGUGGGAAUUUCACCAAAUUGCUCAGUUAGCUGCUUAAGACUUUCUUUGUGGUGGCAUCUUUUAAAGUAACAAAUUACUGUCUUUCAUUCGCUCCAGCUGUCAAUGCAUGUUGUCGAUGUCAAGAUAAUUGUUUAUGGAUAGAUUUCUAUACAGAGAUUUUUUUAAAAAAUGUAUUGAUAUUUCUUUUGUGUGAUUUUUUGCAAUUUAAUUUGAAAAAUUGCUCUCUAAGUACUUACCGACAAAGCCCCCUGAUGGAAAUGGAUGUCCGUCAGCUAUUUUCAAAUGAAAGAACGGAGGUGUGGCUUAAGUAGCCUGUAUUUUCUGCUUAUGUGUGUCCAGUGCAUAACUUACAAUUAGUCGCUACAGCAUGUUUACAAAAACUGUAAUGUUGUUCAUAAUCACAUGCCAAAGAGUCUUGCUGUCAUCUGUUGCUGUUGUGCCCUGGCUUGUGAUGGUUUAAUGUUUUUCUUCUUGACACUUAACUUUUCUGUUUUUGUGGUCAAUUGAAAUCAGCCUUUGAGGGAAUGUAUUUUGUGAAACACUCAAAAAGACUUGAACAUAACGGCUGUUUAGGCACAGAUGCAUAUAAUUUAUUUUCAAGCUGCUCUUAAUCUCCUUACUUGUUCUGUACUCACAGGUGAAAUACAGUAUGAUGCUGUCACCUGUUCCAGCAGUUCUCUUCGUAUAUUCUCAUUGUGUGUUCCACGGGAGACUAGCCACAAUCACAGACUGUCUAAAUGCAUUGAAGAUGAAAAGUUAGUCAACAAUACAAUGGAUUUAUGCUUUUUGUUUGUUUGUUUUUACAUCUUUAAUACCAGCAGUGGACCAAAGAAUACAGAGGGCCCCAUCGGCUGCAAUAAUGUUCUGUAACAUUAACAAUAUAUUUGUACAUGUGGAUGAUUGUGUGUAUCACCAGCAUUUUCUUAAAAUGGAAAAAUGUUUGAAAAAUUUUUCUUGUCUGCCCGUGAAUGUUUGUGUGUGUGCCUUAAUG